UGGUGUGCGCUCAAACAGACGUGAACUCCGGUCGCCGUCGCCGCCGCUUGUGCCGCCAAAAAAGUGCGAUAAAUCCGAACGGCGAUUAUUUGUUGUUGUUUAAUGAUAUUUAAUUUUUAAAUCCACGUUAAUUACCUCGGGUGUUAACGGAAAAAAUAAAAAAUAAAUAAAAAUUGCACGAGCGUGUGUUUGAGACAACCCGAUCGAACUGCGUAUUAAUUAAUUAAUACAUACAAUAUUACAAUAUACUAUAGGUGUUAUUGUGUGCGAUACAUCGACGACUAGGACUUACAUCAUCGCGCAUGUUCAAUGAGGUCUGCAGCGUCCCGGGCACCGUCCUCGUGAGGUCGCCGUCCCGAUGCGGCGGGGCCGGGCUCAGGGACAUCCGAUGAACACGGGCUGCUGCACGUGGUCGCUGACGGUCGGCCACCGGCUUCGGUCCAGCAUAACCUAAAGAGCAGCGCCGGACGGGCAGACGGGAAAUCGGCCGGUGGUCGCACAUGAUUUCCGCGUUGGAAGUGGCCGCGUUCGGCAACGAGAGCUCGCCGCUGACCGCCGUGAUCGCCGGCAACGCGCAAGCCAACGACACCGGGUCCAACGAUACCGCGACCAGCGUCAUCCAGUUCUUGGACGCCGACCUAUCGUUCCCCGACUACAUCCGCACCACGUGCAUGGUGGUGUGCGUCAUCAUCCUGGGCGUGGGUGUGGUCGGCAACAUGAUGGUGCCCAUAGUGAUCCUCAAGUCCAAGGACAUGCGCAACUCGACCAACAUAUUCCUGAUGAACCUGAGCAUAGCCGACCUCAUGGUGUUGCUCAUAUGCACUCCCACGGUGUUCGUCGAAGUCAACUCCAGGCCGGAAACGUGGGUGCUCGGCGAAGAGCUUUGUAAGGCUGUUCCAUUCGUCGAACUCACGGUGGCUCACGCGUCUGUACUCACAAUACUGGCCAUCAGCUUUGAACGGUACUAUGCCAUUUGUGAACCGCUUAGGGCCGGAUACGUGUGCACCAAAACCAGAGCAAUGGUCAUUUGCCUGUUGGCAUGGGGACUGGCCGCGCUGUUUACUAGUCCGAUCACAAUGAUCUCGGAAUACACGCAAAUGGACUACAUAGACGGCACCAAAGUGCCGGUGUGCCUGACCAAGGCGAACACGUUCUGGCCAAUAGCGUUCUUCAUAGCCAUCAUCAGCACGUUCUUCAUCGUGCCGCUGUUCGUGCUGGUCGUGCUGUACACGGUGAUCGCUGCACACCUUAUGGCCGACCCGGGCACCAGCUGUACGGACAGCGCGUGCAACCAGCGGGCGCGCCGUCAAGUAGUGCUCAUGCUGGCCACCGUUGUGCUGUCGUUCUUCGUGUGCUUGCUGCCGUUCCGCAUAUUCACCAUGUGGAUCAUACUGGUGCCCGAGCACACGUUCCUCGACCUCGGUGUCAAGCACUACUACAUCAUACUGUACGCGUCCCGGGUCAUGGUCUACCUCAACUCGGCCGUCAACCCCAUACUGUACAACCUUAUGUCGUCCAAGUUCCGGCACGGGUUCUGCAAGCUGUGCCGGUGUAGAUCGCGGAGCCGGCGCGGACGUCGCCGGGAGCUCGUUCGGUUCCGAACGGCCGGCACGCUCACCACCACCCUGUCGCAGUCCAGCGGCUCGCCGUGGAUACCGCCUUCGCAGCGGCUUUUAGCGGACGGCGGCGGCAAACACAACGGUUCCGUACGGCGGCACGCCAUGGCCACGCUGCUCAAGCAAAACAGCCAGCCGGCGAUCAAGAGCUGUUUUGUCGACGAGUGCGACCUCAAAGAGAGUUUUGUAUGUCCCAUGCUGAACUUGCCGGACUACCACUACGAACCGUACGUGGACGACACGAUGGUGCCGGUGUGCCGGACCCAAGCCAGCGGCCUGUGGCCCGUGCUGUUCUUCGUUGGCACCAUAUCGGUGUUCUUCGUGUUGCCGCUGGCCGUGCUGUCCGUACUGUACGUGAUCAUCGCCCGGCACCUGAUGGCCAACCCGGGUAUCGUGGCGCCCAACACGAACAGGGCGGCGCUGCGAUACCGCCGGCAGGUGGUCCUCAUGCUGGGCACCGUGGUCGUGUCGUUCUUCUUGUGCCUGCUGCCGUUCCGCGCACUCAUCCUGUGGAUCAUACUCGCCCCGCCCGAGUACAACAUCCUGGAGGACAUCGGCGCCAAAAACUUCUACCUGCUGUUGUUCUUCUGCCGCAUAAUGCUGUACAUCAACUCCGCGCUCAACCCGAUCCUCUACAAUCUGAUGUCUUCGAAAUUCCGGGACGGGUUCCGCCGACUGUGCGGCAUCCGUCGGCGUCCGUGGAACGACCGGCUUCUGGGACGCAAGGGCACAGUGACCACAACGUCCGCGCACACCGGCACCACGGCCACGUCGUCCAGCCAGCGCGGCGAACCGGGCGAGACGGUAGCCCUGGCCGCGGCCAAAAUGUACACUAGAAUGAAACGAAACGGCAUCACCGUCAUCUCCAUCGAAGAACAUUCCAAGUCGGACGCCAUCAUCAGGCGGCUGAACAUCACCACCAACAUAAUAAAGUUGCAGCAGGAGAGUUACGUUUAAUCCGCGAGAACAUCCUGAAAGUGUAGCUCACGCGGUGUCCGGGACGUUAGAUCAAACCACCAAUAUUUUGUGCACAUAUCACACCAUUACAUAUCCCUUAGAACCUAUGUGAACUAAUAAACCAAAAUCAAAAAUCAUUACCCCCCCCCCUCCCUUCUACUGCGAGUUUACGGCACCACCGUACAGAUACAUCAACGACGGACUAAUACUAUUAAUUUAAGCACUAAUUAACCAAAGUUACCUGUUCAAAUUUCAAAUACUAAAUUAUGGUGGAUUUGUUUUGUAUUUUCGUCGAAAAUUUAUUUUCAUUCAAUUAUUGAAAGCAUAUUUCAUUUUUUUCAUAUAUAUACUGAUACUCGUGUCUGGUGCCGUUACUUUUAAUAGAAAAUUAAUGCAGUAUUUAUGACGUCAAAGCUUCCUAAAUAAUAUUAGUUCUAGUAAUUUGAAUAUUAUAAAAAAAUAAUUUUCGAACAAACAAAUUUUGUUUGUUUUCAAAAAGUCCAAAUUGAUCAACAUUUAUAAAUCAUUAACCCUACACGAACGUACGCUAAAUGUUUGGUACAAAUACAGAAUUUGCAUUUUUAUAUUUCAUAUAUUAUUUUAAAUUAAAAAAAAACAAACUAAGACUUUGUUCUCGUUGCGUACAAAGUUUCUGUUAAAAAAAAAAUCAUAGAGUUUUUUUCUGUCCUGGAUUUAAAAAUAAAAACUUUUUGUCUAAGUAAAAUAUUUUCGUAAGAUGUACAAUUUAUUUAUCUUAAGUUAUUAUAAUCUUCAGUCAAAAAUAAAUCAUUUGUUGUUAAUAUUUAAUAUAUUUAGUCGUGUUAAGUUCUUCGUAUUUCUAUUAUAGAUAUGUAUAUUAUUAGUACCGAGGCAUAUAAAUUAGAAUAGGUAAUAUAACAGAUAAUGUGCGUGAGCGUUUGAUUAAAAGUCGUUAACUAAUAUUGUUUUCACAUUCAGUAGCACAUUUUGCAAAAAAACUCUUUUUAAUCUUUUAACACUAUAUAAUGUUGUUUAAAAGGUAUUAAACGCCAUCAUUAAAGCGGUAUCACUUCUAUGACUUUUUCGGUUUUUAUUUUAUCAAUAAAAUGUUGCAGAAUAAUCUAAAAAUAUUCCACACAAAAAUGUAUACAAUUUUACUUUGUAUCGGUUUGGUUCAAAGUAAAAAAAUGGAAAAGUCGAUCUUUUCAAUUGAACGCUCACGAAUAUUGUAUUAUAGGAAAUACUUUGUCUAUACUUAAAGCACAGGGAACUUUCAAGUAUUACUACAAUGGGUUAAUUUUCGUUCGUCACUGGUUGACCAGCGUAAUACCAUCCUUUGAAUGUUGUACACACAAGCCGGUAGAUUCAAUCUGGGGCGAGUUCACCCCGGCGUCUGUAAUUAACAUGUAUAUUGUAUUCCGUUAAGACACGUCUUAAUAACACUACUGAUACAUUAUGAUAAUAUACACUUUGAAAUUUUGCGUGUAGCUUUAUGUAAACCACCGAGGCCCUCGCGUUUUACCAAUAAUUUAUAAGUAAAAAUAAUAAUAGUAUAUAAUAUAGCUAAUUAACUAUUAUUUGUUUGUCUUGCAACCCCUGUAUUAUAAGAGCGGUACAAAAGCUCCAACUAUAUAAUUAUUAUUGCAUUUUAGUUCCUUUAUGUGAGUGUUUUGAUCAAUCAACCUUAUUUCCUUUAUAUUGUAAUACAACAAUAUAUUAUUAUACUAUCAACGAAUACGAUUUAAGUGUACCAUGUGAUAACAAUAAUAUUAUAACGCUCGCUAACUACACAGUGAAAAUCAUCUACCAUUAUAAUAUCAUUGUGUAUUUGUUUUUGUUUACCUACAUAUUUUAUAAUAAUAAUAUUAUUAUGUUCUUUAUGUACAACUAAAUAAUAAGUAAACGGUACUCCUACACAAUAUAUAUAUAUAUCAUAUAUCAUUUGUUUUCAAUCUAUUGUUUUUUUUUAUAUUGUAUUAUUAAUUUUCUUUAUAAAUUUGUAAUUAUUUUUUACUAC